UGAUACAGCCGUUACAAACAAACAGAGUUGUAAGAGCCUCGUGAUUCUGUUGACAAGUCGUCCCACCACCAGGGGGCGCUGACUUAGAACAGUCUGCCGGAAAUCCACUUUCUUCCUCAGCAUACUUUCCUUUUUCUGCUCACUCCAAACAUGGCGGAGGUCAGGCUGCAUCUCAGAAGGGGAACUUACAACUUUGCACACAAAAUAUGCAGCAGAUACCUCCUGGAAAGUCAGAAUAGUCGGAGAAAAGCUGCAACACAUGCCUCGUCUCUAUCGGCGGGGCUGCCGUUGGUUAAUGUUCAGACUGGAGCCGAAAAGCCGUUGACCGCUGGACUUCUACAGGACGGUUACACAAAAAUAACACCACGGUUUGGUACUGUUGACAGUGUUUGGGACAAUGGACAUAUCACUGAUUGUGGUUAUUUUAAACGCCACAAAGAGUUUUUAAGUCCUAAUAAGUGCCAAGUUGGAAGAAUAGAUAAAGGGUCGUCUCGGUACCGGAUUAACGGCAAGUUUCGGAGGACUUUGUGCCCCUUCAGGGCGGCUCAGAGGGUCGGUGUGUGUCAGUUUGUGUUCAUCAGAGCUUACAGCGACACCGGGAGCCGAGCCGAGCCUCUGUACAGAACCAAGACCGGCUACUACGACAUCCUGGAGGUGUUAUCUACCGCCACUCAGUCCCAGAUCAAAACCGCCUACUACAAGCAGUCCUUCGUCUACCACCCGGACAGAAACCCGGACAGCGAGGUCGCCACUGUCCGCUUCUCCGAGAUCAGCGAGGCCUACGCCGUGCUGGGCAACAAGGCCCUGAGGAAGAAGUACGACCGGGGUCUGCUGAGCCAGUCGGACCUCAUCACGACAGCCAGACCCUCCGCCAAACACACGGACAGCCCCGAGAAACAGCAGACCGAGAGCCGGAGGUCUGAGGUGGCCGCACUCAACCGAAAAGAGAUCUUUGAUUUCGACAACUUCAUCAAGUCCCACUACGGCGAGCAGCUGCAGAGAGAGAAGGACCUGAAGACCCGCAGAGAGGAGAUGUUGAGGAAGAAGAACGAGACCGUAGCUGAGAAGGAGAUGAUCGGGCUGGUGGAGACUGGAGCUGUAUUCAUGUUAGCGAUGGGUGUAUAUUUAUUGAGCAGCCUAAAGUGAAGCUGAAGUUCUUUCACGUGGAGGAGGUUGGGGAUAUUGUUGUCCUUGUUAGGAACUCUGGAUUAACUUUAAUCAUCACUACAGAAAGAAACUACGCUGUUCACAUGGCUGCUGUUUGGCCCUUUGACCUCUCUAUGCAGAGACAAGUUGGGAAAUGUUGCAAUAUGAGGGAUGUAACACGAUUUGAUAAUACCUUUGAUUUAAUGUACCAAACUACAAGUGCAUCUCAAUACAUUAGAAUAUUAGAAUAUAAUUUAGGUCUUCAGUAAAUGUAAGGCAUAAUCAUUAUAAUUAGAAUAAAUUAAGACAGGAAAUGUUUCAUUCUGUGUGUAAUGGAUCUAUAUAAUGUGUUCUAUCACUUUUUGAAUUGAAUUACUGAUAUAAAUAAAUAUGUUCUAUGAUAUUCUAAUUUAUUGAGAUGCACCAGUAAAUCCAAAUGGUAAAAUUUUGUAGAUUGCUUUUGCUGAUGAUCGUAUUUGAAACUGUGACACCCCCUAUGAAUAACGGCUGACGUAAUUUCAUCCUUUGGGGUAAUGUUACAAAGUUAAAUUGUGCAAUA